AUUCCUUCCGGACCAUCCUCGUUUUCUCCAGACUCUUUCUUCGAAUCUCUCUAUAAAUAUUAAAUACAUCCCAACGCUCCUGAUUCAAUUUCACAAACCAGUUCAUCUGCGAUCGAUCGAUAUGUGUCUGGUGUUCGUGUGCGAUCAAGAAGAGAGGGUUGUGGGAAGACAUCCAGCUCCGGGGGCGUGCCCUUACUGCGGAGGGAUGAUCCAGGCCAUGGACGUGGAGAGCGCGUGGAGGUUCUGCUUUUUGCCUUUCUUCUUCAGAACCAAGAGGAAGUUCUUCUGCUCUGUCUGCACCAGACGAUUAGUCAUUCAAUCUUGAAAAACCGAUUCCUGGAGAAUCCUUUUCUAGUUUGUACAUAUUUUCUAUGAAUUUGCCUGGUGUGAUAAGGGCUUCUUUGUUGUUCAAUUUUUAAUUAUUCUUUUUCAUUUCUCUAUAAUAAUAAUAAUAUUAAUAUUAA